ACUGAAAAUAGUGAUGGCGAUGAUGGUAAUGAUUUAGUUAAUGAUUUAAAAAUCUUAUACAAAAAGACGUUAAAUUCAAUGCAACUAAAACCAGAAGAACUUUUUAAAAUACUUCAACCAAUAUAUAAGGAAAAUUAUGAUGAAGAAAUGGGAAAGAGAGAAGAAGUGGAAAAGGGAGAAGAAGUGGAAAAGGAAGAAAUGGAAAAGGGAGAAGAAAUGGAAAAGGGAGAAGAAAUGGAAAAGGGAGAAGAAGUGGCGGAAGCCGCAUUUUUUGGUUAG